UCUCUUCUCUCUUGUCCUCUGAUCCCCUCUCUUCCUGCCUUUCUGGACCUCCUCUCUUCACGACCGGAGGCGCCUUUCCUCCUCCUCCUCGCGACGGCGGAGGAGCCAACGAACCGCUCCACGCCACGGCCGCGGCCACGAGAUACAUUGUCACCAGUUGGACCAAGGACUUUAUACAAAUGCACAGCGUGUGUUUUUUUAUCAACCGGAUUUCAGGCAUGAAAAUGAGGUGGUAACAGGGAAGGUGACUUUUCGGAGGAGCAGCACACGGCAUCUCUGCAGCAACAGGAGAUCUGUGGAGUGUCAGUUAACAAUUCCUUGCAGAGUAAGCCGGCCAGCGCGGCAGGAACCAGAGCGCCAGCUGGCCCAAUCAGGGCGCGGCGUCAAGUUUGUUGCUCUCCAUCACCCAACCACCUCCCUUCCAACUGGUCCCCACUUCCCCUGCUCUAUAAAUACCCGCGCACGCCCUGGCGCCAGCGAUGUCAUCACCCGAGACGGCGGCGGACGGCGUCGGCGGCGGCAAGGACUCCUGCUGCUUCUGCGAGAUGACGAAGCAGCACGCCACGGGGUGCUCGCGGCGGCUGCCGAAGCGGAUCAUCCUGGUGCGGCACGGCGAGAGCCAGGGCAACCUCGACAUGUCGGCCUACUCCACCACCCCGGACUACCGCAUCCCGCUCACGCCGCGCGGGGUCGAGCAGGCGCGCGCCGCCGGGAGGGGCAUCCUCGACGUCGUCUCCUCCUCCUCCUCGCCGGACGGCGGCCCCGACCCCAACUGGAAGGUCUACUUCUACGUCUCCCCCUACGAGCGCACCCGCGCCACGCUGCGCGGGAUCGGCGCCGCCUUCCCCCGCGACCGCGUCAUCGGCGCCCGCGAGGAGUGCCGCGUCCGCGAGCAGGACUUCGGCAACUUCCAGGUCGAGGAGCGGAUGCGCGCCGUCAAGGAGACCCGCGAGCGCUUCGGCCGCUUCUUCUUCCGCUUCCCCGAGGGCGAGUCCGCCGCCGACGUCUUCGACCGCGUAGCCAGUUUCCUCGAGUCGCUGUGGCGGGACAUCGACAACGGGCGGCUGGACCAGACCACCAGCUGCGAGACCAACCUGGUGAUCGUCUCGCACGGCCUCACCUCGCGCGUCUUCAUGAUGAAGUGGUUCAAGUGGACGGUGGAGCAGUUCGAGCGCCUCAACAACUUCGAGAACUGCGAGUUCAGGGUCAUGCAGCUCGGCCCAGGCGGCGAGUACAGCCUCCUCAUGCACCACACCAAGGAGGAGCUCGAGGAGUGGGGACUCUCGCCGGAGAUGAUCACCGACCAGCAGUGGCGCGCCUCAGCCAACCGCCGCAGCUGGUCCGAGGAGUGCUCCUCAUUCAUCGCCACCUUCUUCGACAACUGGAACGAUCGGCCAGAGGACGACGACUGCCAGGAAGAAGACGAUGCGGCCGAGAUCAAAUCUCUGGAGGAGUAACCAAAUGAUCUCGCCUUUCCUUUAGUUUCCACACAAAUUCUUUGAAUUCGAUACUGCACAACUCGGUCUUUGUUACUCUUCUCCAACUGGAAGGAUUCUGAAGAAGGGAUGGCAUGAUCGAGCUGUUGGACUAUCCGAACUGACUUGCUCUUUCGUUAGUUUCCUCAAAAUUUCUUCAGAUGUGAUACUGCUAGUGUCUUUCGGCAUGGAUGGAUGUAGCCAUUGCUGGUUUCUUAUUUAUUGAUUUCCAAACCUGUUCAUAGUAGCUAGACAUUGAGUGAUACGAAUUGGGGAAAUGCAGAACUGGGUGCUCUGAUUCAGAGCAGAGUCUUGGAAAAUGACAUUUCUUCAGGUUUUGGCUUCCA